AUGGAGCUAUGGAUAUGGCGAUCGACUCAGAUGCCGAAGAUUCCCAACAAUAAAGUGCCGAUGGAUACGGUGGAGGUCCCCAUGAUGAAGAGUGCCACGGACCCCACUGUGGUGAUGAGGAAAUUACCGGUGGUCCUCCCUCAUCGAUUGAUUCCUCACUUGCUGAAGCACAACCUCGUUGUGCCCGACUUUGCAGCGAUUCGGGAAUAUUGGAGCCACAUGUUCACGCACGCGGAAUGGGGCCCCGAACAUCCACUCGCUGAGCAGGGGGGAAACUGCAAGCAUUUGCCAGUCUAUCUCUAUGCCGAUGAUGUGAAAUGGACAAAUGAAGAGAAACUCACCCAGGUGAGUCUAGGCCUGGUCUUAGAUGAGCGGACGCAUUCGAUGACCACGCACUUCCCCUUGUGGAUCCUGAGGGAG